UUUUAGAACAUUUUUUAAUUUACUGCUGUCAAUCAACUUCAAAAGAAAUCUGAUUAAUCGCUCUUUUGUGUUGUGAUUAAUCACGAUUAAUCACAAUGUUUUGCCAGGUAAAAUGUAUUUGUAUAAUAUGGCACCAAACCACGGAUCAAUUAAUCCGCUUUUUGUGAAAAAGAUGAUCUAAACCACAAAAAUGAACAAGAAUAAAGUACUAAAAACUGAUUGAAUGAUUAUUUCUCUUAUAAGUGACCAUGGUAUAAGUGGGGUAAUGUCUAACGAAAUGUUUUAAUGGAAGCCUGAAGUUAAAGUGAAAGACCAUCUCUUAAUUCUUUAUGAUUCAUCGCUGGUGUUAACGCGCUAAUGUUCACAGCCCUGAUUAAAAUUAAUAGAAUGAUUAAGCAGAUAAGAUCAACUAAAAGCAGAAUUAAAAAGGUGGGUCUUCAGCCUCUUAAAAACCUCUACGGUCUCUGUGGCUCUGCGGCUCUCCAGUAGACUGUUCCAGAAGAAAGAAGCCUCACCGUAGGUUUUGGUCCUCACCUUAGGAAUAAGUAAAACUCCAGUGCUGGAGCACCUCAGGGUCCAAAAUCAAUCCUGGAACACACAGGGAGCCAAUGCAGCGAUUUUAACACUGGUGUGAUGUGUUCCCGCCCCCUGUCCUCGUCAGAACUCGUGCCGCUGAGUUCUGUAAUAUUUGGAGGUUUGAAAGAGACUUCAGGUAAACCAGAGAGCAGGGCAUUACAAUAAUCUAUGCAUGACAUCACACGAGACGGUAAACUCACUAAGCAAUCUGUUUUUGCACACUGAGCACUCUGUUCUCAUAGAGUCAUUCUCAAAAUAAAAAUAAGUACAUCAAAUCUAUGCUAAUUUACAUCUAUGGAGAUCUGCACAGUGGUGUAGUGGUUGGCACUUUCGCUUUGCAGUGAGAAGGCUCGGGUUCAAAUCCCUGUGUGUAGUUUGCAUGAACUCCUCGUGUAUACUUGGGGCACUCCAACUCCCCACAGUCCAGACGUACGAUGACUCUAAUAUGUGUCUCGGUGUGAAUGAGUGUGCAUGGCCAUGUGCAACCUUCACCCAGCAGUUGUGGGGAUAGGCUCCAGCAACCCAAAAGAGAUUAUUUGGGUUUGUAAGACGGAUACAUAUGGUGUGCCACUUUUUUUUCUGUUUGAUAAUUAAGUCAAAUAAAACAAGACGUUAAACUGAAUUUUGUUCUGUGAACUUUAAAUUCUGAAGGUGUAACUCGGAGUGUUUAACAGUCUUGCAAACAUUCCAGUGCAAAACUUCCCCCGAAACAGCAAGGAUAGGCUCCAGCAGCCCUUGUGACCGUGCACCUGACUAAAGGAAUAGAAGAUCGAUGGAUGACACACACACACAAACACACACAACUAUACCAAUAUCAAUGGGCAUUAUCAGUUCCAGCAAAAACACAAGUUUUUCUUUUUUUUAAGGUACAUUUACAGCAAAAUAUUGCUUUAUAACUCUUCCCAUGAGGCAGUACUUUAUCCUGAUGUCCGUACGAGGGUGAAAAAUUAUCUUCACUCUUCCUUUACUGGAGGUGAUACUACACAUUUUCAUUUAAAAAAAGCAGUGUUCUCACCACUAGAGGGCACAACUUUCAAAUAAAUCAAAAGCCAAAGGGAGUUCCUUUUGUUCAAAUAUAAAGUUACUUUGACAGGUCUAAUAACCGUUUUUGGAAGCUUUCUAAACUUAAGUAUGACCUGGGAAUAUGAUUAAAUAGAAUUUUUGUUUGAACCCUAAAUUUAUAUGAUGUUAAAGACUUUGUAUUUCAAAUUUUUUCUAGACAGAAUAGAUAAUUUAUACAGAGAUGCUUUUUUCACAGCUGGGUGCUUAAAAACACAUUUUGUUGAAAUGUUGCUUUAUUGCAGCAGAAUGCUCAGGGGUCUACUUUAAGGGCUCCUGCUGCAGCGCAAUCUCUUCAAACUGGAUCAAACUUGCGGUGAAGAUUUCAUCACGUUGUGAUAUUUUCCCAUUGAUCCAUAAAAGCAAAAAGAGCUUAAAGGUGUCGGACAGCGACGCUCUUCUCAUUCACAGCUUCUCCUUUGCGCUGCGCGUUCUGUGACAGACGCGCAGAAGUUCCUCCAUCAUCGGAAAGGAAUGCAGAAAACUAUGUUAAAGUUUCCGAGAGUGUGAGUUCCCGUCUCCGUAUGUCUGGCAGCCUCAGUUUUCCUUGGGGGGGCUGGCUCGUCUGCUGAGGAACUGGGAGCAGCCCCCCUGUUAAGUAGCGGUUUGUGAGGAGAAUCUUCCCACUUGGUAGGAGACUCGCUGAGGAGUCUGGAAACCUAAUACGCACGGAGCUCCCUACCUCAUCUCCGGAACAUCUUUUUUUUUUUUCCUCCUCAGACUUUUGCAAAGAAAAAGAUUUGAUUUUCUUUCUUUUUUAUCCUUUUGGUAACUCACUUUCCCCCCAUUAAAAGCAAAAGAAAAGGGAAUUUCUUCAUAGGUCAGUGCCAAGUUUUCUCUUUCUCCAGACAUUUGUAUGCAGUAAUUCAGCUAAAAUAAUGUUAUAAUUUCAUAGAUUUUAAUUGCAGUUGGAUCAGUCUUUGUAAGUAGCGCACAGACUGAUUUUGUAGCGCAGCGCUGCGUAAUUACGCACGCUCUGGCCACUUUCUUGAUGCGCAAAGUCUCCAUUUAGUGAAGAUUUUGUCAGGUGGCAACGGAUAUUUUAGAGAUAAAGAUCAGAAAAGAGAAUAUUAACGUUAAAAUCGCAGUUUUUCUUUCCUUUGAAGACCUAAAAAUGAAUAAAUAAACUUUGGAUUUGUUUUAUCGACAUUUUUCCAGGAGGUUCUUUUACUUAAAAGUUUGAGCCCUAGAGGACUUUUUCUUUUAUUGCUGAAACUUCCUCCUCUCUGCCAGCAGUUUUUAUGCAUGCGGCUCUGAAUCAGAGGAGUUGAAGAUGAAGCGCGGGCUCUCUGUGGCAGCAGCUGCCCUCCUGACACUGCUGCUGUCCUCCCAAGCUCAGGGACAAGUUGACCCUCCGACUGAUUUGAGGUUUAAGAUUUUAAAUGAGAAUACAGUGCAAAUGCUGUGGAGAAGGCCGCAGACAAGGAUUCAAGGCUACAGAAUACAAAUGACUUCAAACACAGAAGAACCCAUAAAAGAAUUCUCUCUGCCAGCAUCUGCGACUACCACCUCCAUCUAUGACCUGAGUCCAGAUGUGGAUUAUGUUGUUACUAUAGUUGCAUAUGCUGGAUCAGAGGAAAGUCUUCCUAUCUCCGGUCAGAUCACACUUGAGUCAAGUGGAAGAUCAAGAGGGGACACUGUAGCGCCAAACCCUUCUGAUUCAGUCAAAUGCCUUGCCAGUGCAGUCGCUGAUGUGGUGUUUCUGGUGGACGGCUCUUGGAGUGUGGGCAGGCCGAACAUCAAGCACAUCAGCAGCUUCAUCUCAGCCGUGGCCGGCGCCUUUCAGAUCGGCGCGGACAGAACACGUGUGGCGGUGGUCCAGUACAGCAACGACGCCCAAACUGAGCUUAACCUCAAUCAGCACACCAGCCGAGCAGCACUGCUUCAGGCCAUCCGCUCACUGCGUUUGAAAGGAGGCAUCACUAAGACAGGCAACGCCCUCAACUACCUUCUGGAAAACACGUUCACCGAGGCAGCCGGCGCCAGAAAAGAUUUUCCCAAAGUGCUUGUGAUCAUCACAGACAGCAAGUCGGAGGAUCCACUGGACAAUCAUGCCAAGCUGCUGAAGAGCAUGGGGGUGGAAAUCUUUGUCCUCGGUAUCCAUCAAGCGGAUGAAGCAGAAAUGAAGCUGCUGGCCUCUACUCCUCACAGCAACCAUGUCUUUAGCGUGGCUAACUUCGACAUGAUUCCGACUGUGCAGAAGGAUUUCAUUACCCAGAUUUGUUCCGCGGUGGAUGACCAACUGAAUGUGAUCAUCAGUGGAGAAGAAGUUGUUGAACCAGCCUCUAACCUCCAAGUGCUGGAGGUGGCUUCCAAGUCUAUGCGAGUGACCUGGGAUGCUUCCAUCAGUGAUGUUUCCGGAUACAGGGUCCAGAUGAUCCCCAUGAUAGCUGGCAGUAAACAACAGGAUGCUUAUAUUGGAGCAACCCAGACCUCUGUGGUGGUCAAAGACCUUUCUCCAGAUACCGAGUACCAAGUGAACCUGUUUGCUUUUAAGGGGUUAACACCCAGCGAACCAAUACGAGUCAUGCAGAAGACACAGCCUGUUCAGGUCUCAAUGGAAUGUUCUCUUGGCGUGGAUGUGACGGCAGAUGUUGUGUUCCUGGUUGAUGGAUCCUACAGCAUCGGCCCUGGGAACUUUAUCAAAGUGAGAACUUUCCUUGAGAUUUUGGUGAAAACCUUUGAUGUCGGACCAGACAAAGUUCAGAUCAGCUUGGUCCAGUACAGCAGAGACCCUCACACCGAGUUCUACCUGAACGCCCACAAAGACUUGGAGUCGGUGCUAAAGGCUGUGAGGACUUUUCCGUAUCGCGGCGGCUCCACCAACACCGGCAAAGCCAUGACUUAUGUGAGGCAAAAGAUCUUCCAGAGCAACAGGGGCGCACGUGACAAGGUUCCUCGCGUGACUAUCCUCAUCACCGACGGGAAGUCUUCGGACGCCUUUAAAGACGCGGCUGCCAAACUGAGGAACGCCGACGUGGAGAUCUUUGCUGUGGGGGUUAAAGACGCCGUGCGUUCCGAGCUCGAGGCCAUCGCCAACUCGCCCGCAGAGAGCCACGUCUACACGGUGGAGGACUUUGAUUCCUUCCAGAGAAUUUCCAAACAGCUGGCGCAGUCCAUAUGUCUAAGGAUUGAGGCGGAGCAUCGCAUCAUCAACCAGCGAAAUCUGAUCCAGCCGAAGGAUCUGUCUUUCUCAGAAGUUGGUCCAAAAAGUUUCCGGGCCUCCUGGCAGAUCGACGCCCCCAACGUUGACUCCUUUUUGCUGCGGUUCAAACCAGAAAACGAUGAAGAUGGACAUUAUGUAUCAAUGUCUGUGUCUGGGGACACCCGCACCGCCCUGAUCCCCCACCUCACCCCUCUCACCCGCUAUGAAGUCAACGUCAUAGCUCAGUACGAAAAGGGGGAAAGCCUGCCGGUGACUGCUUACGAGACAACUUUAGAAGAGCAAGGCUCUGUGCGCAACCUCAGAGUGUCUGAAGAGACGACCAGCAGCUUCAGGGUUUCGUGGCAAAGAGCUCCUGGAUCCGUCCUUCAAUACAAGCUAACGUACACGCCAGCUGGGUUUGGGGGCUCAGAGAUGGAGACAACCACUGACGGAUCUGAGACAACAGCUGUACUGCAAUCGCUUCGGCCUCAAACCACCUACCGAGUCACAGUAACUCCUAGGUAUCAGUCAGGCCUCGGGGUGCCACUUCAGACUGACGGCACCACAAAACAAGAGGCCGGUCCUCCAAAGAACUUGGUCACCAGUGACGUAACAGACAGCGCCUUUUCAGUGUCUUGGACGGCAGCUCCCGGAGAGGUGAAGAUGUAUCGGCUUUCCUGGAAGUCCAUGUUUUCUGAGGAGUCUGGAGAAAAAAUGGUCCCAGGAGAUGUGACUGACACAGUUCUGGAUGGGUUGACUCCAGAGACACUUUACCAAGUGUCAGUGGUUGCUGCAUAUGGCUAUGUAGACAGCGACCCCCUCACUGGAGUGGAAACUACGGAAGCUUCUCCUGCCUCUAAACAAUUGGCAGUCUUUGAUGAGACUGAGCACAGCAUGAAGGUCUCAUGGACUCCAGCGCCAGGCAGAGUGGUCAACUAUCGACUGAAGUACGUUCCGGUCAGCGGAGGCAAGGAGGUUGUCCUGAAGAUACCGGGGAAAGUCACGUUCUCCUUAUUGAAGCGCCUGCAGCCAAUGACCUCCUACGACAUCAAGGUCCUUCCCAUCUACAAGGGCGGGGAAGGAAAAGCAAGGCAAGGAGUAGGAACGACACUUUCACCUUACAAACCUCCCAGGAACUUACAGACCUCCGAGCCAACCAAGACCAGUUUCCGAGUCUCUUGGGAUCCGGCUCCUGGAGAUGUUAGAGGGUACAAAGUCACCUUUCACCCUAAAGAGAAUGAAGUUGAUCUGGGGGAGCUUAUGGUCGGUCCAUUUGAUAACACAGUCGUUCUUGAGGAACUAAGGGCAGGAACAAAGUAUUCUGUUGCCAUAGUUGGGAUGUUUGAUGGAGGGGUGAGCAUGCCUCUUGCUGGAGAGGAGAAAACUACUCUCAGUGACGAUCCUGAAACUCCUCCUCUUGAUCCUUCUGAUGCUCAGUGCAAGACCACAGCAAAAGCUGACAUUGUGCUGCUGGUUGAUGGCUCCUGGAGUAUUGGCCGGCUCAACUUCAAAACCAUCCGCAACUUCAUCGGUCGCAUGGUCGGUGUUUUUGAUAUUGGACCAGACAGAGUGCAGAUUGGUUUGGCACAGUACAGCGGAGACCCGAGGACCGAAUGGCACCUCAACGCUUAUCCAACCAGAAGUUCUUUGCUGGAUGCCGUAGACAAACUUCCUUACAAAGGAGGAAACACAAUGACAGGAAUGGCUCUGAACUAUAUUCUUGAAAGCAACUUCAAGCCUGAAGUGGGGAUGCGUGCAGACGCCCGCAAAAUCGGCGUUCUUAUCACCGACGGAAAGUCUCAGGAUGACAUCAUCGUAAAUUCACAGAAGCUGAAGGACAGUGGGAUCGAACUCUAUGCCAUUGGUGUGAAGAAUGCUGAUGAGAACGAGUUGAGGUCCAUCGCUUCUGAGCCAGAUGAGAUCCACAUGUACAACGUCAAUGACUUUAAAUUCCUCCUGGACAUUGUUGACGACCUCUCCAAUAACUUGUGUAACAGCGUCAAAGGUUCAGACGAACCGGAACCUGAACCUGAACUCAGGCCGCCCACCAACUUGGUUACAUCUGAGGUGACCCAUCGCUCUUUCCGGGCCACCUGGACAGCUGCUGAUGGCCCAGUGGACCAAUAUCGCAUUGUCUACACAUUGGCAUCUGGAGGACCCUUUGAAGAGGUGACCGUCAUUGGAUCAGUCACCACCGUAGUGCUUGAAAAUCUGACCCCACUGACGAAGUACCUGGUGAACGUCUACGCCGUGUCGGAGGGGAUCAGCAGCGAGCCUCUGAAGGGCGACGACACCACCUUGCCGCUUCCAUCUGUGCAGUUCAUGAAGGUUAAUGAUGAGACCAUGAGCAGCAUGAGGGUGAGCUGGGACGGUGUGGCUGGAGCCACAGGAUAUGUGCUGCGGUACCAAUCCAUAAACGGCACUGAGCCUCAGCUGGAGCAAGAGGUUCGUGUUGCGGGAGGCGUGACCAACACGCAGCUGCUGCAGUUGAUCCCUAACACCGCAUAUGCCAUCAGACUCUUCGCCCUGCACGGCGAAUCUGUCAGUGCCCCAUUGGAGGAUACAGGAGUCACAUUACCGAUCCCUUCUGCCGGAGUGUUGAGAAUCACCGAUGUGACUCACAGCACCAUGCGGCUCAACUGGGACGCUGCUCCUGGAGCCGUUCUCAAAUACAUCAUAACCUACAGGCCCGACGAAGGAGACGCUAAGGAGGUGGAAGUAAACGGGGAUAUCACAACCUUGGAUUUGUCUGGCCUCAUUUCCCAGUCUGAGUACGAUGUGGGUGUUGUUCCUGUGUACGCCGUGGCGACUGGAGCACCCAUGAUGGGAACUGCCAUCACAGACGUUGUUCCAGCUCCAAAGAACCUGAGGUUCUCUGAGGUGACGCAGAACUCGUUCAGAGUCACUUGGGAACACGGGGCCCCAGAUGUGGCCCUGUACCGAAUCGCAUGGGGCAACCAAAAGGAUUCCGACUCUGGAAGUGAAAUCCUGAGCAAUGACAUGCUCACCUUUGUUCCUCAAAACUUGAACCCCGACACCAAAUACACGGUCACCGUCACGGCCAUCUACCCGGACGAGUCGGAGAGCGAAGACUUGAUCGGGGCUGAGCGCACACUGUUGCAGGCUCCAGAUGUGCCGGCUGAACCUCCUCGAAACUUGAGGAUUUUUAACGCCACCACUUCCACACUGACAGUAAAAUGGGAUCAGGCUCCUGGCCCUGUCACGAACUACCAGGUCACAUACAAGCCCACCGCUGGCGGCGACCCUCUGUCUCUGGAGGUCGUACCAAAGAAGACAACAGUGGUCCUGCAGAAGCUGCAGCCGGAUACGCAGUACUCCAUCAUCGUGUCUGCUGUCUAUCCCACUGGAGUCAAAAAAGAUAUCUCCGGAGAAGGAAAAACUAAGCCUCUAGGCGGAGUGAGGAACCUACAGGUGUUGAAUCCGACCAUGACCACCCUUAACGUGCGCUGGGAGCCCGCUGAAGGACGAGUGAAGGAGUACAAAGUCGUCUAUGCUCCCGCUGCUGGAGGAGCUGAGAGCAUGGUAGGACUGGAAACCGUGUCAGCAGGCACCACCACCACUGUCCUGCGAGGCCUGCAGCCUGACACCCUCUACACUGUCUCGUUGGUGCCGGUUUACCCCGAAGGAGAUGGGAAGGUUUUGUCUGAAAACGGAAAAACAAGGGCUCUGGGAGGAGUAAAGAAUUUAAGGGUGGAGAACCCCACCAUGACAUCGCUAAAUGUCAACUGGGAACCGGCUGACGGAGCGGUCCGCCUCUACAAGGUUUUCUACGUGCCCACUGCUGGCGGGACAGAGCAGAUGGAACAAGUUCCAGCAGCCACCACCUCCAUCGUUCUCAGGAACCUGAUGUCAGACACAGAAUACACAGUGUCUGUGCUGCCUGUGUAUCCGGCCCGGGAAGGAAAACGCCAGUCUGAGAAUGGAAAGACCUUACCUUUGAGUGGAGUGAACGGCAUGACCGUGACCAAGCCGACCAUCACCACUCUCACAGUGAACUGGGAUCCUGCUGGUGGGAACGUUCAGGGCUACAAAAUUAUUUAUGUUCCUACAGAUGGAGGACUAGAGAUUGUGCAACAAGUGUCUGAGAGCACGACCGAGGCUCUCCUUGAGAGACUCCUUCCUGACACCCGCUACCGCAUCACUGUGGUCCCCGUGUAUGCAGAGGGGGAUGGACCAAGCUUGGCAGAAACUGGCAAGACAAAGCCACUGGGCUCUGUGAGGAACCUGCUGGUUACAGAUCCCACCACCAGCACUUUAAACGUCCGCUGGGACCCCCCUGAGGGAAAUGUGCGCGAGUACAUAGUCAUAUGGGUUCCAGCUGCUGGAGGAGAACAGGACGUGGAUCAGGUUCCUGGAACUGUAACCAGCACUGUUCUGAAGAACCUGGAGGCAGACACCGAGUACACUGUGUCGGUGGUGCCUGUCUACCCAGAGAUGGAGGGCAAGACCCUGUCUAAGAACGGACGCACAAAUCCACUGGGUGGAGUUAAAAACUUGAAAGUGAUUGAUCCCACCAUCAGCACGCUGACGGUUCGCUGGGAUCCAGCUGUGGGAAAUGUCCGAAGCUACAAGGUCUUCUAUGCGGCUGAACCAGGAGGAACGGAGCAAAUGGAAGAGGUGUCCGGUGGCACCACCACCACCAUCCUGAAGAACCUGGACUCUAACACGGUCUAUAACGUCGCUGUGGUUCCCGUCUACCCAGAUGUGGAAGGAAUUCGGCAGGCCGACAAGGGAAAGACGAAGCCGUUGAGUGGAGUGAAGAAUCUCCGGGUUUUUGAUCCGACCAUCAGCUCUCUGAAAGUCAGCUGGGAGCCGGCUGUGGGAGACGUCAUGCAGUACCAGAUCAUCUAUGUACCUGCUGCCGGAGGAACCGAGGCCAAGACUCAAGUUUCCGGGAUGACGACUAACACCAUGCUCGGGGAGCUCCGCCCAGAUACAGAGUACAAGGUCACAGUGGUUCCCAUUUACACCGAUGCAGAGGGGAAACGCAUGUCAGAGAACGGGAAGACAAAGGCUUUGGGGGGAGUGAAGAACCUCAAGGUGACUGAUCCAACCACCAGCUCCCUCAAGGUGCGCUGGGAGCCGGCGCACGGCAACGUCAGGCAUUACCGCAUCUUCUACGUCCCCGCAUCCGGAGGAGCCGAGGACAUGGAGCAGGUGUCUGGCGGCACCACUGAAACCGUCCUCAGGAACCUGCUGUCUGACACGCCGUACACCGUGACGGUGGUUCCAGUUUACCCCGAGGGAGACGGUCUGCGUCAGUCCGACAAAGGAAAGACCCUGCCCCGCAAACCGGCCAGGAACCUCCAGGUGCACAACCCCACACCCAGCAGCCUGAGCGUGCGCUGGGAGCACGCCUCGGGUCAGGUUCAGCAGUACAAGCUGACCUAUGCCCCCUUGACUGGAGUCAGGCCGGCAGAGUCGUUGCUCGUUCCUGGAAGCAUCAACACGGCUAUCUUGGACAACCUGAUCCCGGAUACUCCCUACUCAGUCACCGUCGCAGCCGUGUAUGCUGAUGGAGAAGGGUCCAAAGUGAAGGGCAACGGCAAAACUCUGCCCCGUGCUGGCCCGAAGAACAUGCGUGUUUUGGACGCCACCACCAGCACCCUGACCGUCGGUUGGGACCACGCCGAGGGACCUGUGAGACAAUACAAGGUCUCCUACGCUCCAAUGACCGGGGAUCCCAUCACUGAGUUUGUUAUGGUCCCAGGAAUCAGGAACAGUGCCGUUCUGCAGAAUCUCUUCCCAGACACCCCGUACAACAUCACAGUGGAAGCCAUCUAUGCUGAGGGGCCGGGAGGAUCGCUCAACGGAAAUGGAAAAACACUUGGGAUGCUGAGUCCCAGAAACCUUCGAGUGUCAGAUGAGUGGUACACCCGAUUCAGGGUGGCCUGGGAUCCGGUUCCAGUUCCUGUGCAGGGGUACAGAAUCAUCUACAACCCUCAAGGCAAAGACCAGCCCAUGGAUAUCUUUGUGGGCGAUGUGUCUUCAUACACUCUGAGCAACCUGCAGCCUGGAACUACCUACGAUGUCAAAGUGCUGGCUCAGUACCCGUCCGGCAUGAGUGUACCUCUCAUCGGACAGGGAACAACACUUUAUUUGAAUGUCACCAACAUCGAGACUUAUGACGUCGGCCAUGACAGAUUCUGCAUCAGGUGGAAACCACACCGAGCAGCGACGUCGUACCGCAUCAAACUCAACCCCGUAGAUCCUUUCAGCAAAGGACAACAGGAGACGACCAUUCCCGCCGGCUUGCCUCAGUACUGCUUUGAGGGUCUCUCCCCGGAUGCUCUCUACACCGCCACUGUUUUUGUUCAGACUCCAUAUCUGGAAGGUCCCGGAGUCAGCGCCAAUGAGAGGACUUUGGUGGAGCCGACUCCAGUUCCAACUCUGCCGCCCACCCCGACCCCCCCACCCACCAUCCCCCCUGCGUGGGCAGUUUGUAAAGGUGCCAAAGCAGAUGUGGUGUUCGUCAUCGACGGGUCCUGGAGUAUCGGCGAGGAGAGUUUCACCAAAGUCGUGAACUUUGUCUCCACCGUGAUCGGCGCUUUUGAUGUUGUUGGACCCUCAGGAAUGCAGGUGUCCUUUGUGCAAUUUAGCGAUGGUGCAAAAACAGAGUUUAAGCUCAAUGCUUACAGAGAUAAAGGCAUUGCUAUGGCUGCGCUGCCUCUCAUAGGUUACAGAGGAGGGAACACCAAGACAGGAAUGGCUCUGAAACACACCUACGAGAAAGCCUUUUCCAUUGAAAACGGAAUGAGGAGGAACGUCCCCAAAGUGGUUGUGACCAUCACUGACGGACGCUCGCAGGACGAUGUGAAGCAGAAUGCUGCUAAGCUGCAGCAGGCAGGUUACAGCGUUUUUGCGAUCGGUGUCGCUGAUGUGGACUUCAGCGAGUUGCAAGUGAUCGGCAGCAAACCCACGGACAGACACGUCUUCGUCGUGGAUGAUUUUGACGCUUUCGACACCAUUAAGGAAAACCUCAUAACCUUCAUCUGUGAAACUGCAAGUUCAUCAUGUCCGUUGAUUUUCCUCAAUGGAUUUUCCUCACCUGGCUUCAGAAUGCUGGAAGCCUUCAACCUCACAGAGAAGACCUACGGUUACACUCAGGGCGUCUCCAUGGAGCCGGGCUCCUUCAACAGUUACACCGCCUACAGGCUGCACAAGAACGCCUUCCUGAAUCAGCCAAGCGUAGACAUCCAUCCUGACGGACUUCCUCCCUCCUACACCAUCAUCCUCAUGUUCCGCCUGCUGCCAGACACGCCGAAAGAGGCUUUCGACAUCUGGCAGGUGGCGACCAAAGAUCACAAGCCGGAGACCGGCGUCACUAUUGACCCUUCUGCUCAGACGAUAUCAUUCUACAACAAAGAUGAAACCGGAGAGAUGCAGAAAGUCACGUUUGACGAUCAGAGAGUGAAGAUGAUCUUUCAUGGAAGCUUCCAUAAGCUCCACAUCAUGGUUUCAUCUACAAGCGUGAAACUCAACGUCGACUGCCAAGAAGUGGCAGAAAAGACGAUCAAGGCUGCUGGGAACACGUCCAGCGAUGGCUACCAAGUUCUGGGGAAAAUGUCCAAAACAAUCGGAUCCAAGGGAGAAUCAUCAACUUUCCAGCUUCAGAUGUUCGACAUUGUCUGCAGCUUGGCCUGGACCAGCAGGGACAGAUGUUGUGACCUCCCAUCUAUGAGGGAUGAGCUGAAGUGUCCUUCCCUUCCCAACGCCUGCACCUGCACCUCCGAGGCUAAAGGGGAGCCGGGUCCCCAGGGACCAGUGGGCGCCCCUGGCAACAAAGGCCCCCGAGGUGAAAGAGGAGAGCCCGGUACCGCUGGACCGACGGGUCCUCGGGGAGAUAACGGACCACCCGGACCCAUGGGUCUGCCUGGGCCUCAAGGACCCAUCGGCUUGUCAAUUCCAGGAGAGGCUGGGCGUCCGGGACCAAAGGGAGACUCUGGUGAUUCCGGCCUGCCAGGACAAAAAGGUCCUCAAGGCCCACCUGGAGGUAUCGGCCCUGUCGGACCAGCUGGAGUCAGGGGUCCCCCAGGAAAGGAAGGACCUUCUGGACCCAGGGGACCCAUGGGGCCCAUGGGACCUCCAGGAUCUCCAGGACUACCAGGCCCAACAGGAAAUCCUGGAAGUCCAGGAGACAACGGUCCUCCUGGUCUCGCUGGUCAAAAGGGAGAUCGAGGGGAGAGAGGUGAUUUUGCUCCCCAAAACAUGAUGAGAUCCAUCGCCAGACAAGUGUGCGCUCAGCUCGUCAGCGAUCAAAUGGGUCGCGUCAACUCGUUACUGAACCAGAUUCCCAACGGAGCGUACCGCAGCAGCAGCAACCCCGGACCCCCAGGGCCUCCCGGACCUCCUGGAAGGCAAGGAUCCCCCGGUGAGCCGGGUUCAGCCGGACGAAACGGGUUCCCUGGAAGCCCAGGAUUACCUGGUCGGCAAGGAGAGAGAGGACUUUCUGGGGAGAAGGGUGAGCGAGGAGUUUCAGGAGUUGGACAGAAAGGAUCAAGGGGUCCUCCAGGUCCCCCAGGAGAGAGCAGGACGGGACCUCCAGGACCUCCAGGCUCCUCUGGAGCUCGUGGCCCCCCCGGACGUCCAGGCUAUGCUGGAGUCCGUGGGCCACCAGGACCCCCGGGAUACUGCGACUCCUCUCAGUGUGUCGGCAUUCCUUACAACGGGCAGGGAUACAUAGGUUGACCGUAGUAGACUUUUAAUGCCGCCUGUGCUGCUUUCACUGACUUCCUGAAAAACAAAAAGGGCCUGUAACUGAAACCACUGCUCACAUGCUUUAGAGCUCUUUCUAAAGGAUAACCGCCAAAAGGAAACAAUUAACAAGCUGUGCUGACAAUCAACACAUCACCGAAACGGGGGAAACCGGUACUAACAACUUCUCACAACCAGCGCGACACACCACUAGCAGCUGUGAUGCACGGACUUGUUUGCAUCUUGAAGCAAGAGACCAAACAAAGGAGGAUGAAACAACAACAAAUAGCCCACACAAAUACUAACACCAGGUGGAUUAACAGAGCUGGGACUACAGCAGGUCUCCAAGGACAUAAACUAAUGUGUGCCUUGUAAAUGGUGUGUCCAUCCCGUCUACAUGCACUUAUUAAUAUUUCCCAGCUUUGGAGCUCUGUGCCAAUAACACCCUGCUGCUUGAUGAACGCUGACUCUUUUUAAAUCCUAAUCCUGGUACGUCUGUGUGUCUCCUGAUGUCCAAAAAGAGCAUCAUGUUUGACAUCUGCAUGCUUUAGUACUAACAGCCUCCAGUCCAGCAGCAGAGCCUCUACAUUCAUGCAGAAACGUGUUCUUGUAUUUUGUGAUUGUGUGUUUGUGUUGAAUUACAGUGUUUUAAGGGGGUGGAGUCACCUCAUGUUGUUGUCAAACUAAUACCUGAACUUCUAACGGCAAAACGAUGGAAUACGACUAUGUACUGGCAGAUCUAUCAAGGGGUGUGUCCAUAGGAGGCCUUAAAUUACAGAUGUUACAUCAUCUACUGGGUAUGACAGCUGGUUGGUUCAGAAAUGAUCAAUGAGGUUAAAAAAGACAAAAAUAGAAACUAUUUAUUUACAAGGUGUUACAUAAUAUGUAUACUUUUUAUUAGAUCUAAAAGCAAAUUCUGAACUUGAAAAGUUGAAUUAUCUGUGAUAAUGCUAGUGUGAAUGCUGUGUCCUGAAUGUGGUCUCUGAAGAAAUUUACUGUUAUUACAGAAAAUGCUUAAGCUAUUAGCAUAAUGCUAAAGUUACUAAAGGAAUUGAACAUUCCCUGAAAUAGAUGAGAAAUAGAUGACUGGACUCUGGAAAAAUUGUUGGAAGUUUGCUGAAAAACUCCUCAAAACAUGCAUAUUUAUCCCCAAAUAAAGGUAAAAUGUUGGUAAAAUAUAGGCUUAACUUAAAAUUGGCCCAAAAAACUCCAAUAGAGCUCAAAUUAUCCACAAAAAAGACAAAAAACAUGCACAUUGCUAAAAUAUUAGCUUAACUCAAAUUAGCUUAAAGAAACCUCAGCAGAUACUAAAUUAGCCAAAACAUUAGCACAUUGCUAAAAGCUAAAGUGCCAUUGUGGCUAAACGUUUUCAAAAAGAGUUGAAAAAAUCUUAGUAUUUGCCAAAUAAGCUAAAAUGUUAGCACAUUGUUAAAAUAUUAGCAAUUAAAUUAGCUUAAAGAAACCUCAGCAGAUAUCAAAUUAGCUAACACGUUAGCACUGAACUCAAUUUCAAAAUCUUUUUUUUCAGUUUCAAAUCUUUUUUUUUUACUUUCAUCUCUCUUUUUUUGUUUUUGAAUCUGAAAAUGUUAGUUUUAAAAGUUUUGG